CUUCUCUCAAAGACGUCUCUGCUCCCUCGCUGUGUUCUCGUCCCUGUUGCUCUUGUUGCUCUUGCUGGCUGCCUUGACGUCUGCGCUCGGAUCCUCGUGAAACGCGCAAUCGACCCUGUCGACCUCUCCACUCGUCCCAGCACCGCCGCAACGCUUCGACGCCCUGAACACGACGCCACACCAUCACCUCCAUCCACCUCACCAACAGCACUGCCCACCCAUCCGUUCGCUCGUUUCGUCCGUGCUACGUGUGCUACAACACCCAAAUACCCAUGAUACUCGCUCCUGCGGCGCCCCGAUGAGUCUUCAGCGCGACCAGCAUUGGGGUUCUGGGAGCCUGCACGUAGUCUGCUCCAAUGGACUUUAAUGACGAUCCAGCGCAUCGCCGCAACUCGACGCCCCCGAUUCCCUUGCAGGACUUCUCGCAGCCCCGGCCGGGCUACGCUGACAGCGAGACCGACAGCGAUGCCAGCAGCGGCGGCCCCCAGCGCCAGCGCGCCAUCAGCGACGCCGUCAAGAACUCGGUCAAGCGUCUGUCCGGCAGCAGGGCGUCGAGAGGCCACGGCUCGUAUGCGCCGCUGAAUCCACGAGAUCCUGACACGGUAGGAGGCGUCGGAGGAACUGGCAGCAGGAGCGUCCCCUUGGCGCCGUACAGAGACAAUGGAGGUCCCUCGUCACCGUUGUCGACCGUGUCUGCACAGCUGCAGCGUCCGGGACUGCAGAUCCCCCCGUCCUCUGCAGCUCGAGGCGACGACAUGACGCCUUCGAGUCCGGUCGACGCGGCCGCGUUCCAAAGCGCCAUGUCUGGAUUCGCUGGCAUCUCGUUUGGGGCCGAGCCCGCGUCGAACCCCUUCGACCCACACGCAGCCAACACCAAUAACAGCUCGCAGGGCUGGACCCGCGACACAACGAAGACGCCGAGUUUGAUGAGCGUCGACAUCGGCGGCGACGGAGAUGAGCAGGCGGACAACGACUAUUUUACCUCCGCGCCAUCCAACGACCGCACUCCCCUCACGGACCCUAAUCAUCUCGCUCCCAUCGCCGGAGCGAGCGCACCCUCCACACCUACGGGACAGACGGGCCGGACACGCAGCGUGAGGUUCUCGAACGCGUCUCCGUCUGGCAUGUCGCGGCUGGGCGACGACCUCGCCCAGGCCGAGGCCGGCUCGCGAACGAGCUACAGCGACGGCAUGCGGAGGUCAAGCUCGAUUCGGCGCAGCCUGAGCGCGAACUCGGCCGCCGGGUCGACGCUGCAAAGGGCGGGCACCAUGGUCAGGAACAUGUCCACGCGCAUCGUCAACCUGUCCAACGAGCAGGAUGUCGUGGACCGCACCAUCGCCAUGAGACGGAAGUCGUCGGUCAAGACCUCCAUCCGCGGCCGUUCGCCCUCGACAUCUGUUCCGGACUUGCCUUCCGUGGACGGGCCGUCGGACCCGUUCACCGAUCGGCCGCUGGAGAAGCCGCCAAGCGUGGAUGUCGACGAGAUGUCGUUCCCGCGACCCGGCCUGCGACGCAGCCGGUCGACGCGCGAAGACAAUCCGCUCAAGGGCAAUGCGCUUGGCAUAUUCCCCCCCGACAGCCCCAUCCGCAUGAAGCUGUGCGAUCUGCUCGUGCAUCCCUUCACCGAGCCCUUCAUCUUCGCCCUCAUUGUCCUGCAGACCAUCCUUCUCGCCAUUGACGCCAACAUAGGCGUCGGCAUCGACAGAUCCCACGGCAACCUCGGCGCCAAUUGGAUCGACUGGGUCAUGCUCGUUCUUUUCUCCAUAUACACGGUCGAAAUCGUUGCGCGCAGCAUCGUCUCCGGCUUCAUCAUCAACCCGAUCGAGUACAGCACCAUCAACCGAAAGAUCGGCCUCCGCCAGGCCGUCGCAGACAAGGCGAAGGAGCUAUUCGGCACGCCGCACACCAGGCCCAAGCAUCAGGAGACGGUGCAGUCGACCACGGAUUUCGCACCGCAGCAAGGCCUCGUUCGUGCUCUUACCACCAACAUCACCGAGGACGGGUCCGCCAGAGGUGGAUCCAAGGCACAGCGGAGACAGCGACUGGCGCAUCGGGCCUUUCUAAGACACUCGUUCAACCGCGUCGACUUCGUGGCCGUCGUCUCAUACUGGAUCAGCUUCGUCCUCAGCAUUUUCUCCCUGGAGGACAGCAGGCACGUCUUCGUGUUUCGCAUGCUCGCCGCGCUGCGCAUCUUGCGCCUGCUGUAUCUGACGGCGGGAACGACGGUCAUUCUGCGAAGUCUGAAGAAAGCGGCGCCCUUGCUGAUGAACGUGGCGUUUUUGGUCGGCUUUUUCUGGCUCUUGUUUGCCAUCAUCGGCGUGCAGAGCUUCAAGUCGAGCUUGCGCCGCACUUGUGUCUGGAUUGAUCCGACCGACCCUACCAACACGUGGGUCAACGACUUCCAGUUCUGCGGAGGCUGGCUCGCCGACAACGGCUCCUCCAUGCCGUGGCUUCGUCCGGACGGUGUCACGAACGGCACGAGCGAGGCGAAGGGCUACAUCUGUCCCACUCAAAGCAAGUGCAUCGAGGGCAUCAAUCCGUACAAUGGCUCCGUGAGCUUCGACAAUAUCUUCCAGAGCCUGGAGAUGGUCUUCGUCAUCAUGUCCUCCAACACGUUCUCCGACGUCAUGUACUACCUCACGGAAAGCGACUACCUUGCCGCGGCAAUCUUCUACGCGUGCGGCAUCGUCAUCUUGUUCCUCUGGCUGGUCAACCUGCUCAUCGCAGUCAUCACGUCCUCCUUCCAGGUCAUUCGCGAAGAGAGCAAGGUCUCCGCCUUUACAGGAGAGGAGAGCGAAGUGAUGUCGCUGCACGAAAAGGACGAUCUGAAGCCCUCGUCCAAGAAGAGCACGCUCAUACGCGCAUUCGGCAAGACGAGGUGGCUGUGGAUCACCAUCAUCGCCAUGGACUUGAUCGUCCAGUGCCUGCGCAGUGCGCGCAUGAGCUCCUCGCGGGAGACGUUCAUCAACAACUUCGAGACGGUCGUGACGCUGAUUCUGAUCGUCGAGAUCGCGAUCCGUUUUGCCAUUGACUGGCGGCACUUCUUCCGCAGCAGAUCCAACGUCGCCGACCUUACGCUCGCCGUGAUAACGGGAAUCAUCCAGAUACCUCCCAUUCGAAAUUCGGGCCAGCCGUACGCGUGGCUCACAUUUUUCCAGAUCCUGCGUAUCUACAGGGUCGUCCUGGCCGUCCCCAUCACGCGAGAUCUUAUCAUGACCGUGCUGCGUAACUUUUCGGGUCUGGUGAACCUGAUCCUCUUUGUGUUCCUGCUCACCUUCCUGGCCGCCAUUCUAGCUAGCCAAAUGUUUCGCGGAUCCCUGCCUCAAGUCAACGCGUCCGGCAAUACUAUCAACGUUACCUUCAACAGCAUGUGGAACUCGUUCUUGGGUAUGUAUCAGAUCUUCUCCUCGGAGAACUGGACCACCAUUGUGUACAACGUCACAAACUUCGACAUCUUCUACAACACGGCCUGGAUGGGCGCCGCCUUUUUCAUCCUGUGGUUCGUGCUUGCCAACUUCAUCACGCUGAACAUGUUCAUCGCUGUCAUCCAGGAGAGCUUCGACAUCAGCGAAGACGAAAAGCGAUUGCAGCAGGUCAAGGCGUUCCUCCAGCAGAAGGAGAUGGGCAACCCCAACGCGGGCAAUCUUUCCCUGUCGUCCAUCUUCAAGUACGGAACAGCCAGCGGGAGGAAGAGGGAUCCGCUGGAGUUUGGCUCUCGCACCACCGAGAUGCUGCUCAAGGAUGCCGUCGUUCGCGAUUUUUUGGACCAGCAAGACGAGCCUGUGCCGUACAGCAGUCCCCAGGCGGAGGAGGAUACGCCCAUACUGCGCUCGCAACCCACGACCGUGGUCGCCCCGGGAGGUACGUUUGCCGGCUGGUGGCAAAACCUUGUCUCCAAGCUCUUGCAUCGAGAGCCGAACCCGUUCUACUCCCGGCUCGAGUUUUCGCGCGCGUAUGAGGACCUGGACCCGCGUCAGAUGGCCAAGGAGGUCAUGAGCGCGUACGAUCGGCGGAAGAGGGCGCAGAGAGAGUAUCUGAGGAAGUAUCCCAGCUACAACGUAUCGCUGUUCAUCUUUGGCCCGCAAAACCGUAUUCGCCGGUUUUGCCAGCGCAUCGUUGGGCCUGGCCGUGGCGAGGAGCGCAUCGAAGGCGUUUCCCCGUCGAUACCAGUGUGGUACACUUUCUCCGCGUUCAUCUACUGCGCGAUUGUGGCCAUGGUCAUUCUCGCAUGCAUCACGACCCCGCUGUACCAGAAGGAGUAUUUUGAUAGGCACAACUUCAGCGUGAGGAACUGGUUCGUGUGGACGGACUUGGGUUUCGCUGUGCUGUUCACAAUCGAAGCCGCCAUCAAGGUCAUCGCUGACGGCUUCUUCUUCACGCCCAACGCUUACUUCAGAGGCAGCUGGGGCCUGAUAGAUGGCGUCGUGCUCAUCACCCUUUGGAUCAACGUCACCAGCUCCCUGUUCAACGAGGGUCAGGUCUCCCGAGCGGUUGGAGCCUUCAAGGCGCUGAGAGCUCUUCGCCUGCUCAACGUUAGCGACAGUGCGCGCAACAAUUUUCACGCCGUCAUCAUUCAAGGAGGCCUCAAAGUCCUUUCCGCCGCUUUUGUGUCCAUCAGCUUGUUGAUCCCGUUCGCCAUUUACGGGCUCAACCUAUUCGUCGGAAAGAUGCAGUCUUGCAACGACAGCAGCUUGAACAAUUUGAACGACUGCGUCAGCGAGUUCCUCUCGCAGCCGUCAAACUGGAACGUCCUCACCCCGCGUGUCGUCUCCAACCCGUACUACUCCUUUGACAACUUUGGCGACUCGCUCUUCAUCCUCUUCCAGAUCGUGUCGCAGGAAGGAUGGAUCGACGUCAUGUGGCAAGCGAUCGAGAUCACCGCCGUUGGUCAGCAGCCGCAGCCUUUUAGUUCGUACGGCAACGCCGUUUUCUUCGUCAUCUUCAACUUGCUCGGCGCCGUCUUCGUGUUGACGCUCUUUGUCAGCGUUUUCAUGCGCAACUACACGGAGCAGACUGGCGUGGCCUUCUUGACCGCCGAACAGCGCUCUUGGCUCGAACUGCGUAAACUGCUCAGGCAGAUCAGCCCCAGCAAGCGACCGCUGCCAAAUCAGAAGCGCGAGUCGUGGAAGGAGUGGUGCUACAGACGCGCUGUGAGGAAGACUGGAAGAUGGAGCAGAUUCGUGACCGUGAUUCUUGUCCUGCACCUGAUCCUGCUCUGCAUCGAGUUUUAUCCGACAAGGGAGUGGUGGGACACGACUAGGAAUUAUCUGUUCCUGCUGUUUACCCUGAUUUACAUCGCCAACAUCGUCAUCAGAAUCGUCGGCUUGACAUGGAGCCGCUACCGUCGCAGCACGUGGGAUGUCUACGCGCUGCUUUCGGUCUCGAGUACGUUCAUUACCAUGAUCUUGGUUCUUGGCCGGCCACAGUCCUGGGCCAUCGUUCGCCUGCAGCGUCUUGCGCUCGUCUCCAUCGCGCUUCUUCUGAUCCCACGUAACAACCAGCUCGAUCAGCUGUUCAAGACCGCCGCCGCCUCGCUGCCGCUCAUCGCCAAUUUGCUCGCCACCUGGUUCGUCAUGUUCCUCACCUUCGCCAUCGCGCUCACGCAGACCUUUGGCCUCACAAAGUUCAACAACAACGAAACCGUGAACAUCAACUUCCGCGACGUGCCCAAAGCACUAAUCUUGCUGUUCCGCAUCUCGGUCGGUGAGGGCUGGAAUCAAAUCAUGGAGGACUAUGCAACCAUGAAGCCGCCGUACUGCAUUGUUAGCGACAACUUCCGCGACGGGGACUGCGGCAGCGAGCCAUGGGCCCGGUUUCUGUUCAUCGCCUGGAACAUUCUGAGCAUGUACCUGUUUGUCAACCUGUUCAUCUCGCUCAUCUAUGAAAGCUUCUCGUACGUGUAUCAGCGCAGUAACGGAUUAAGUGUUAUAUCCAGAGAAGAGAUCAGGAGAUUCAAACAGGCUUGGGCAGAGUUCGAUCCCGAUGGGACUGGAUACAUCAGCAGAGAGGCCUUUCCGCGACUCUUGGGCGAACUGUCGGGCGUCUUCGAGAUGCGCAUCUACGAUGGCGACUUCACGGUUGCCCGCCUUGUGGAAGACUGCAGCAAACCUCGACGCGAAUCAGUCGUCAGUGGCCGAAACGAACCUCGUGAGAUCGAUUUGGCCAAGCUCAACGCGCGUCUGGCUGAUCUGCCGGUCGAGGCCAUCAGAAGGCGAAGAAGGCGUAUGAAUGCAUUCUACGAGGAAGUACUGGUAUCUGCCGAUCACGACCGAGGUAUCUCGUUCACAUCACUCCUCAUGAUCUUAGCUCAUUACAAUGUCAUCAACGACAACAAGAGCUUAAGACUUCAUGAAUUCUUACGUCGCCGCGCGCGACUCCAGCGUGUGGAAGAAGCAGUGAACAGAAACAUAGUCAUCGGUUUCUUCGACACCGUGUACUGGUCGCGUAGGUUCCGACAUCAUCUCCGCUCGAAGGCCGCCGGUCGCAUGACCGUGGUGCCGCAAUUCAGUGUGCCAGAGAUCUUUGUCGACGAGGCCGCGCACGAUGACACUGCUGUUGGACCAUUCGAUGGCGGCGCUGGACUGAAAUCGCCUAGCGUAGGAUCAUCUGUGCCCAGCAGCCCGAGGUUUGGAGGUGCGACACCUCCAAGUGCUAGCCAAACCGGAGAGGUAUCCAGCAGAAACCUACCACCCAUUCGAACGCGAUUCAAUAGCACGAGCAGCAUUCAGCUCUCCCCGACAAACUCACCGACGACGCUGAUGUCGCCCACGACGACGUUCCCCCCACUCGGGUCCCCUACAGCACCAAGAUCCCCAGGUGCUCAUCAAUCAACGGUCUCGCAAGGCUCCAUCUCUGAAGACUGGCAUUUAGCGCAGGCUCUGUCGAGACCGAGCAGCCGCGAUGGAGCUGUCGAGGGCCCUUCGUCAUGGAGCGCCGCCCCUCGAAGUCCUCGCGGCAUUCAUGGACGCACUUUAUCAACGCGCGACACGGCAGACGAAUUGGAGAGCAGAAGCAGAGCAAACAGCAGCGUCUCGGCACAGGACGUCCUUGAAGUCUUGGAUACAUCCGUCUGGGGUGAAAGCAUACGAAAGAGCUUCUCCAUGAGACGGCCCAGUGGGGAGCAAGGGAGCGGGAGAAGGAAGAGCUGAAAAGGAAUGAGCGACGCAAACAUGUAUAUUUCUUAAUGAGCGGGCGAGAUGCCAGUCACGAUCGGGACCUGGAGGAGGAGGUCUUUUCUUUUAUUUUCAAUGUACGAGCCACUGUUUGGAAAGAAAUGGCCGACUGACGUAGAUUUUCUCUUUUGUUAAACAGAUAGAUGGAGAAACGCCGUGUAUAGCUAGGUACACCCCGGCGUUUUCCAAUGGCCAUGCAUAGCGGCGGCGUUUAUGAAGUUCAAAAUGAGAUAGCCUUGACUAUAUAAUGGGAACGAGAAG